GUGAAAUCCAACUAAAUCUAUUGAAAAACAUCUAUUAUUUCUUAUUUAAAUAACAUAUUUAUUCAACCAUUAUUACUGUAUAUUGAGUAAUGUUCAUAUUUUUUACUUAAAUAGAUAAUUUUCUUUUUCAGCUUAAGUGCUAAGGAUCGGCUUCAACAUGCCCCGUGAAAUUAAGGACAUUAAAGACUUCCUGCUAAAAGCCCGCAGGAAAGAUGCCAAAUCGGUUAAAAUAAAGAAGAACCCAGAAAAUGUAAAGUUCAAAGUCCGUUGCUCACGUUUCCUGUACACAUUGGUCAUCACUGACAAAGAAAAGGCCGAGAAGCUCAAACAGAGCCUUCCACCAGGUCUUCAAGUGAAGGAAGUGAAGUGAAUGUGACAUAGGGUUAAGUAAAUAAAAAUAUAAACACCAUAAA